AUGCCCGGGAGCCCCCGGCUGAGCCCUGGGAUGGGGAUGGCCCUGGCAGGAGCAGGAGCAGGAGCGGGUUUGGGGGUGCCCGGGCAGGGGCCCGGCUCGGCGGAGGCCGCUGCGGCCGGGAGGUGGCAGCGCCACGCCGAGCGCUCGCCACGGGUCCCCAGGGAGGGCCGGGGUGGCCCCGAGGGUGGCGCCGGGGGUCGCUGGGGUGGGAGGGACCCUCUGGAACGGGACCGGGGCGCGGGGCCCGGGCCGGGCUCACGGCGUCCCCUCUGCUCCCCAGACAGGUGCAGAGCUCCGUGCUACGAGUACCCGUCGUGUCCCGACGUGCUGAAAGCCCCGAGGGAGGAGGUCGCCUACGUGACCUGCACCUACAGGUCCACCUGCAUCGACCAGCCCGAUUUCCUGGCCACCGUGGACCUCAACCCGCGCUCCUGCCACUACGGCCAGGUGAUCCACCGGCUGCCCAUGCCCAACCUCAAGGACGAGCUGCACUGCGCGGGCUGGGGCCCCGCCUGCGGCUGCUUCGACAGCGGCGCCGCGGCCAAAAGGACCAAGCUGGUCCUGCCCUGCCUCAUCUCCUCCCGCAUCUACGUGGUGGAUGUGGGCUCCCAGUGCCGGGCGCCUCGGAUCUGCAAGAUGAUCGAGCCCGUGGAUGUGUUCUGGAAGUGCAACAAGGGCUACCUGGCUGCCACCCACCCCCUGCCCAACGGGGAUGUCCUGAUCGCCAACAUGGGCGACCCCGCUGGCAACGGCAAAGGCGGUUUCCUGGUGCUGGACGGAGAGAGCUACGACCUGAAGGGCAACUGGGAGAACGAGUGUGAGACUCCCCCGACCGGCUGCGACUUCUGGUACAAGGCCCAGCACAACGUCCUGGUCAGCUCGGCCGGGCCGGUCCCCAAAGUGGCCGGGCGUGGCUUCAACCCCGAUGACCUCAAGAAAGGGGUCUUCGGCCGCCGCCUGAACGUGUGGAACUUGUCGUGCCGCAGCCUCACGCAGUGCUUCGACCUGGGCGAGGAUUCUCUGCCGCUGAACGUGCGCUUCCUGCACAGCCCCGAGGCCGCCGAGGCCUACGUGGGCUGCGCCCUGAGCGGGGCCAUCUUCCGCCUCUACAAAUCCUGCGAGAGAGACAACUGGGCCGUGGAGGAGGUGAUCCGGAUCCCGGCCAAGGACGUGUCGGGCUGGAUCAUGCCCAAGAUGCCAGCCUUCAUCGCCGACCUCGUCAUCAGCCCGGACGACCGGUUCCUGUACGUGAGCAAUUGGCUGCACGGGGACAUCCGGCAGUACGAGCUGGCCAGGAACUGCAAGCCCCGGCUGGUGGGGCAGGUGUUCGUGGGGGGCAGCAUCCUGCGAGGGGGCCCCGUGAGCGUGUGCAGGGACGAGGAGCUCAAGUGCCAGCCCGAGCCGCUGGUGGUCAAGUGCAAGCGCGUGUACGGCGGCCCCGCCUCGCUGCAGCUGAGCCUGGACGGGAAGCGGCUCUACGUGACCAACUCCUUGUACAGCACCUGGGACCGGCAGUUCUACCCCAGCCUGAUCAAGGAGGGCUCGGUGAUGCUGCAGCUGGACGUGGACACGGAGCGGGGCGGCCUGGCCGUGAACAAGAACUUCCUGGUGGAUUUCGGCAAGGAGCCGAACGGGCCGUGCUUGGCGCACGAGAUUCGCUUCCCCGGCGGCGACUCCAAAUCCGUGACCCUGCCCUGAGGGACCCCGGCAGCGCCGCUGUCCCCCCCCGGCAGCGCCGCUGUCCCCCCCCGGCAGCGCCGCCCCGGGCAAAGGGCGCCGGCGGCGGGACCGGGGCUCCCGGGGGGGUUCGGCCUUUGGGGUGCCCCGGGUGACGGGUUCGGUGUCCCCUGGGUGAUUCUGGGCUUUGGGAUCCCCUGCGGGAUUCCGGCUGUGCGGUGCGCCGGGGGAUUUCAGCAUUUGGGCUCCCCCGGGCCAUUCCCGGCCCUCCCUGUCCCUCUGUCCCUGUCCCUCUGUCCCUGUCCCUCUGUCCCUGUCCCUGUCCCUCUGUCCCUGUCCCCAUCCCUGUCCCUGUUCCUGUCCUUGUUCCCCUGUCCCCAUCCCCUCCCUGUUCCCCUGUCUCUCUGUCCCUCUGUCCCUCUGUCCCUGUCACUGUCCCCAUCCCCUCUCUGUCCCUCUGUCCCCCUGUCCCUCUGUCCCCCUGUCCCUCUGUCCCUCUGUCCCCGUCCCCGCGCUGCUCCGCCCGGCUCUGCUUUCCCUGCAAUCAAUAAAGUCGUUCCCUGCAUCAG